GUGUGAGGGGGCGGGGUUUUCAUUUAACAAUUUAGGUGCUUCACUUGGUUGCAGCCAAUAAAGUAUCAGGCGAUAAGCGAGCGCAUCUGCCCGCCGCCGCAGCCUCGCUUCCUCUGAGCGGAUGUGCGGGAGCCAGACCCCGGACUCCAAAUGACAUUUGUACCGGAGGCGCCGCCGGUGGGGACGCCACCGACUCAGACCACGUCCAUGUGAGGCUGAUGUUUGCACCCGGAGAGGAGACUGCAGUCCUCAGGAGCUUCGCUGCACCUCCCCUUCACCUCCAUUAUCUCUCCCUGUGUGAAGGGGCAUGCCUUCUGUACCCAGCCUUAGCAGUAAGGAGAUGUUGACAGGACAGAGGCUUUGCCAUUCAAAGUCCCACCAGGACUCGGUUCUCUCUGCCCUCAACCAGCAGAGGAAGGACGGCCUGCUGUGCGACGUGACGCUCGUCGCUGGUGAGCAAAAAUUUCACGCCCACAAAGCGGUCCUGGCAGCAUGCAGCGAUUAUUUCAGGGCCAUGUUCAGCCUCUGCAUGGUGGAGAGCGAGGCGGAUGAGGUGACUCUGCAAGGAGUGACCAGCGUCGGACUGAAGCACGCUUUAGAUUUUGCCUACACGGGACAGAUUCUGCUGGAGCCGGCGGUGAUCCAGGACGUCCUGUCUGCAGGCAGCCACCUUCAGCUGCUGGAGCUCCUCAGCCUCUGCUCACACUACCUCAUCCAGGAGCUCAGCAGCGUGAACUACCUGGAGCUGUACCGCGUGGCUGACCUCUUCCACCUGCCCGCCCUGGAGAAGGCCGUGGUGGGUUACCUGGUGGAGCACCUGUCUGAGCUGAGCCAGAGCCGGCAGGACGAGGCUCUGCAGCUGCCCUUCCGCCUCCUCAGAGAAGUGCUGAAGAGCGACCGCCUCACCUCGCUCAGCGAGGAGGAGAUAUGGAAAUUGGUGGUUCUGUGGCUGGAACAUGACUGCCGCUACCAGUACACCGAGGAUCUUCUGCAGCACGUCCGCUACGGCCUCAUGGACGUCCCCACCCUGCACCACCUGGCCCACGGCCACCCUCUCGUCCAAUCCAGCCCCACUGCUGCCGCCCUGGUGGACGAGGCCCUGGACUACCACGACGCCACCUUCGCUCAGCCGCUCCACCAGUCAGCUCGCACCCGGCCCCGCUUCAAGUCCCUCACCCUCUACAUAGUGGGUGGGCGUAAGCGGGAGGUGAGCAGGGUGAGGGAGCUGCGGUACUUCAGCCCGUCGGGGCAGGAGCACGUUCGCGUGGGAGGAGGGUCGAACUGGAGCGAGCUGGCGCCCAUGCCCACGGGCCGCAGCCACCACUGCGUGGCUGUGAUGGGCAACUUCCUGUUUGUUGUGGGCGGCGAGGUGGAGCACGCCACGGGGAGGACGUGUGCGGUGAGAACUGCCUGUAGAUACGACCCCAGGAGCAACCACUGGACAGAGAUCGCCCCCAUGAAGGCCUGCAGAGAACACUUUGUCCUGGGGGCUUUGGGGCAGUACCUUUAUGCAGUGGGGGGCAGGAAUGAGCUGAGGCAGGUGCUGCCCUCUGUGGAGCGUUACUGCCCCAAGAGGAACAAAUGGAUGUUUGUCCAGCCCUUUGACCGCUCCCUGUCCUGCCAUGCUGGCUGUGUGGCGGAAAACCUGCUCUGGGUAUCAGGUGGAGUUACAAACACUGCUCAGUACCAAAACCGUCUGAUGGUGUACGACCCGGAACAGGACCAGUGGUUGGCCCGCAGCCCCAUGCUGCAGCGCCGGGUCUAUCACGUCAUGGUGGCCGUGAGGAGGAACCUGUACGUGCUCGGGGGAAACGACCUGGACUACAACAACGACCGCAUCCUGGUCCGCCACAUCGACUCGUACGACAUGGACCUGGACCAGUGGACCCGCUGCUCCUUCAGCCUCCUCACAGGUCAGAAUGAGUCUGGCGUGGCUGUUCAUGACGACAGGAUCUACGUGGUUGGAGGAUACUCCAUUUGGACCAAUGAGCCGCUGGCGUGCAUUCAGGUUCUGGACUUAAGCACAGAGGGGAAAGAGGAGGUGUUCUAUGGGCCAACGCUGCCGUUCGCCUCCAAUGGGAUAGCGGCGUGCUUCCUCCCCGCCCCUCACUUCACCUGCCCAAACCUGCAGACUCUACAAGUGCCGCACCACAGAAUCGGUGCUGUUUAACCGCACGGACACGGAGAACUCUGGACGGUCAGAGCUGCAAAGACGCCCGACUGAAGUGGAAGUGCAACCACACCGGAUGAGGGGCGGAUCUUUAGACUGACACGAACACAGAGAGGCUUUAAUGAGGAGGUCGCUGCCCCGUCGUUGGGGCGAACUCCUUUCCAAAGAUGGAUCUGAAGGAGAGGGAAGAAGAUGGCAGCAAAAUGCCAAACCUGGACAAAUAUUGAUGAGCUGCUCAACUAACAUGAAAGAAACACCUACAACCCAUUAUAGGGCUAUAACAUACAUUUGUUUUGUAAGCUAAAACCACUAACAUCUUUAAUUUUUCUGAAAAAAAACAUUCAUUUUUUGUAAAAUUCUAUCAGAAAAGUGCAUGAACCCCUAUUUAAAUGAUCUAAAUCAGACUUCAUUGAAUGAUUAACCUGUAAAAGGAUCCACACGAUGCUGCUGAAUGUGUGCUGUGACCUGCAGAUGCCACAUUUCUGUCCGGCUCAUGUUUAAAACGAAUGUGAGGUCACAGUCAUGGAGCCUUGGAAACGUCUCGAACUCCAUCUCAAACGGGAGAAGAGCGAUCAACGUCUUUCAAACGCCUGCCAGAAGACGAGCAGAAUAAAGAUGGUACAAAAAAACACACA